CCUCCACUAAACUCCUCAGAAAAAUGCCCGGUAAACUCAAGUCCGACUCAAAAUCAAAACAAAAGGCUACUUCUCGUAAACCAUCAUCUUCUAAAGUAGCCAAGUCGAAGGACGUCAAACCCAGCAACACGCGAAAGGGCAAUAAAAACCUUCCUGUGGAAUCUCGGGCGAUCGAGGAAGAAGACGACGAGGAAGAACAAGAGGAGGACGAAGAGACUGGCUCGGAGGAAGAAAGUGAAGAUGAGGAGGGAGAUGAUAAUGAUGAUGACGACGAUGACGAUGGUGUAGAUGAAGGAGGGAUGAAGAAGCUCAUGAAAGCACUUGGUGAAGACGGUCUUGACGAUGUCGGACGUAUGCAGCUGGACGCGCUUGAAGGUGAAGAUGAAGACGGAGAAGACGACGACGAAGAUAGUGAAAUCGACGAAGGAGACGAGGAUGGAGAUAUGCAAAUACAGGAACUAGUCGAAGCCGAUUCGGACGAGGAGAGCGAAAGCGACGAUGAGGAAGGAAGCGUACACGGCGAGGCCGAGCUGGACGAAGACGACGACGACGACGACGACGAGGUCGCCCUUGAAGAUGCAGAGUCCGUCGACGAAGAUGCUGUUCCUCGACAAAAAAUUAUCACCAACAACAAAGUUGCUCUCGAGCGAAUACGCGAUACUAUCAAGCUCGACGCCUCUCUACCAUGGACAGAAACUUUAACAGUAACCUAUCCAGAGACUAUCUCCGUCGACGUGAACGACGACCUCAACCGUGAACUCGCCUUCUACAAACAAGCCCUCCACGGCGCCUCCACAGCCCACACCCUCGCCUCAACCCACACCCUCCCCUUCACCCGCCCACCCGACUACUUCGCCGAAAUGGUCAAAUCAGACGCCCACAUGGAACGUAUCCGUCAACGUCUCCUCGACGAAACCGCCGCUCUCAAACGAAGCGAAGAAAAACGCCGAGAACGCGAAGGUAAGAAAUACGGGAAACAAGUUCAGAUUGAGAAGAUUAAGGAAAGGGAGAGGAGCAAGAAGGAGAUGGAGGAGAGGUUGAAGGGGUUGAAACGAAAACAUAAAGACGCAUUAGACGACACCACCGCAAACGCAGACGACUCCGCAUUCGACAUCGCAGUCGAAGACGCCCUCUCCUCUCCUCAUCCCUCCAAACGAUCGAAACCCAACGCAAGUGGGGGUGGAAAGAAACGUCUCUCCCGUAAAGGACGUGACGCGAAAUUCGGAUUCGGUAGCGGCAAGGGAAGGAGAGACAAACAGAAUACUCGGAAGAGUACGGAGAAUUUUGAGUUCUCUUCUGGUAAGAAGGGCGGUGGGAAGAAGGCUGGGAAGGGAGAGAAGCAGAAGCGGUUGGGGAAGAGUCGACGGAUGGCGCAGGCUGGGAAGAAGCGAUAAGUCAGUUACUCGGAAACCCUUCUCAUUGUCCUAUAUUACUUUGCAAUGCCAACUUU